AUCGGGAGCGGCCACAGUGUUUGGAAAUAACCGUAAAGUCCGGGAUGUUGUUCCCUCGGUCCGUCAGUCGGUGAUCAAGUUUACCGGAGCACCGGAAUACUGGAGCACCGGAGCAGCUUCUCCACGAGUCUCCUCACACACUCAGCCGCUUUUACUUCGUCCUGCCGGGUUAGAGUCCAGACUGUAGACGGAAGCAGCCGCUCUGUGGACAUGGAUCCGGCAGAAGCUGACCGACAGACGACGAGUCUUCUGGUAAAAACCCCGAACCAGACCCAGGAGGACCGGACUGUGGACGGGGUCCGCCUCGACUGGACCGUCAGGGAGCUGAAAGAGCAUCUGUCCGCCGUGUAUCCGAGCAAACCGGCUGUGAGCGACCAGAGGCUGAUCUACGCUGGAAAACUGCUUCCUGAUCACCUGCAGCUCAGACACCUCUUCAGACAGACGGACUCGGUUCCGACUCUUCACCUGGUUUGUUCCGUCAGAAAUCCUCCUGCAGGAAGUCCAGGAGGUAAAACUCUGAGCUCCACAGCUCCUCCAGCAGCUUCACCUGAGCUGAGGCAGAGGAGGAACACCUCUUCAUCUCCAGCACAGACUCCUGCUGCAGGACCUGAAGCUCCACAGAUCAACCAGCCAACGUUCCCCUCAGUCUCCCUGUACAGUCCUCAGCAGCUGCUGUGGCUCCAGCACGUCUACGCCCAGCAGUACUACAUGCAGUAUCAUGCAGCUCUGGCAGCAGCAGGCUCCGCCCCCUCCACUCCAGCCCCCACCACUGGUCAGUACCCUCCAGUCCCUGCCCACCAAUUGCCAGUCCCCGCCCCCUUGGCCAACCAGAACCCCAUCGACAACCUGCCAGCCAAUCAGAACCCGGCCCAGGACGGCGCCUUCCUGAACCCCGGGGAGGCCAAUCAGAACCUGCGGAUGAACGCUCAGGGCGGUCCGGUGAUGGAGGACGAGGAGGAAGUGGAACGUGAUUGGCUGGACUGGAUGUACUCGGCGGCUCGGUUCGGCGUCCUGCUGAUGAUCGUUUACUUCAACUCCAACCUCAGUCGCUUCCUGCUGGUGAUGAGUACUCUUCUGCUCAUGUACCUGCACACCGUCGGCCGGUUUCCCUUCAGAAGACGAGUUCAAGAACCGAACCUCCAGCAGCCCCCUGAGGUCCUGCACAACCAGCAGAACCAGAACCAGAAUCCAGGAGGCGAAGCUGCAGCUGAAGGUUCUGACGGUUCUGGUCCGAUGACGGCAGUUCUGGUUCCUCCUCACCGGGUCUCGGUCAUGUGGACGGCCUGGAUCUUCUUCAAAACCUUCUUCUCCUCCCUCAUCCCGGAGGUUCCUCAGGCCAACUGACGGACUCGCUUUAUCUCCUUUAGUGAGAAACAAACAAACACCAGCAACAGGAAGAACAAGAACCACAUUUUACCAACGACUCCAGGAUCUGAGCUGCAAGUUUCACUUCUUUCUCCACCUGCUGGUUUUAAUCUUCACCUCCGGACCUUCUGAGACUCUUGUUUUAUCCAGCAGGUGGCAGCAGAGGGAGAAAUAAAACUCCUGUGAGGUUGUUUAUGACUUUCACACCAACCUCAGAAGCGAAUAAAGGCCAAAAACAUCAGAAUCUGAGUGUCUGAUUGUGGAAAAACUGAACUUAAGUCACCAAAAUAUCAGAAUCUUCAUUAUUUCCAGCAGGUCAGCGUGAGGUUUCUCUACAUGCAGUCAAAAAAAGAUCAUUUUAACUCUAAAUUUGGUUGGGGUGUUUUUAGACACCUUUAGACAUUGAAAUCAUACAAAAGCAUCUAAAAUUAACAGAAGAAAAUCAGAUUUUUUUUGGCCUCUGUUUGCUUCUUUGGCAGACAUUCACAGAAUCUGAAAUACUGUCAAACCUCUGGUGUGACUUUUCUCCUGUUUUAGUUGAAUUUUAGUUUUUCUUGAACUCAGAUUGUGACCAAACCCAACUCAUUCUGCCAAAUUAGCUGUAAAAAAGCAGCGAAGGUGUAAAGUUUUGUAAAUAUAUUGUGUGUUCACGAAGCACUUUACAGCAUUUAUCUUAUGCCAACUGGUUAACUGCCUGGCUAACUGGUUAAUUGUCUGGCUAACUGCCAGGCUAACUGUGAGGCUAAUUGUCAGACUAACUAGUUACCAGCCAGGCUAACUGGUUACCUGUCAGGCUAACUGUCAGGCUAUCUUCCAGGCUAACCUGCCAGGCUAACUGGUUAACUGUCAGGCUAACUGUGAAGCUAAUUGUCAGACUAACUGGUUAACUGUCAGGCUAACUGUCAGGCUUAUUGACAGGCUAAUUGUCAGGCUAACUGGCUAACUGCCAGGCUAACUGGUAAAGUGUCAGGCUAACUGUCAGGCUAAUCUUAUGCAAGCAACACAGAGGGCUUCAUUUAUCGUUUUAAAGAAAAGGCUCUGAGUUAUUUAAGUUUCAGGUCAAGUGUGAAAUAUUUAAAGCUUAUAAAUGAUUUAAGGCCAGUUUAUUUUGCUUUUAGAAGCUGCUUUAAUAUUUAGUUGAUGCUUCAUUCCAGAUUAUUAAUUAAAUGUGGAAUAAUGAAGUGAAUUAUUUCUCCUGUUUUUAUCUCAUUUUAUCUUAAACAGACGUGAUUUUGUUCUUCCAGAUUCUCCUGAUCUUUGAGUUUAUUAACGGGGAAUAAUAGUUUUAAACUCUGUAAAUGAGCUCUCUGCUUCUCUAUACGACUGGAGAUGAAACUUUUUAUUGUCUUUCUGUGAGAAAUCAAUGCUGUUUUAUGAAGUGUGCUGAGGAGGAUCUGCAAUAACAGAUGCAAUAAAUGUUCUUAACCCCGCCGA